AUGCCCACGGCGUCUCGGUCCCACCUUAAAGGCCGGUCCUUCAAGGUGGACCUUGUUCAACGCAGCAACUAUGCCCCCCAUGGUCCCACUGCUCUACGCAAAGCAUACCGCAAGUUUGGCAUCACUUCGACUGAGUCCUCCGGCACUGAGCUGAGCGACUUCAAGCUCCUCGACACCAGCGGCCUCACUACCGUGAAGAGUGCCGCAGAAGCCUCGUCUGAUUCUGAACAGUCGGGCGCCGUGAGCGCCGCUUCAGUCAAUGGUGACCAGGAAUUUGUUUCGCCCGUCAGCAUUGGCGGCCAAACCCUCCCAAUGAACUUUGACUCCGGAUCUUCUGAUCUGUGGGUAUUGAGCUCCCGUCUCCCAGCCUCUCAGAAGCAGGGCCGAACAGUAUUCGAGGUGGAUAACUCGACCACAUUCAAAGAGGUCCAGGAUGGCACAUUCAGCAUCUCAUACGGCGAUAGCUCCCGCGCAUCUGGUUUAUUGGGCAAAGACACCGUCUCGAUCGGCGGCGUGGAAUUCAAAGAGCAAACAUUCGGCCUCGCAACCGAAGCAUCCGACGUUUUCAUCGACGACACAGCAUCAAACGGACUCGUCGGCCUAGGCUUCUCUUCUCUCAACACAUUCAAGCCCGGUCCCCAGAAGACAUUCUUCGAGAACGUCGCCCCAACCCUCGACGAACCACUAUUCACCGCCAGACUCCGCCCCAAUGGCGUCGGCCAGUAUGAAUUCGGUAGAAUCGACAAGAGCAAGUACUCCGGCAAUCUGGUCAACGUCAGCGUGGAUUCUUCUGAAGGAUUCUGGCAGUUCCAGUCUUCUCAAUACGCCAUCGGCGGCGGUGCCUUCAACCCCAUCACCCAAACAACCAAGGCCAUCGCCGACACAGGUACCUCGCUCCUGCUGAUCAGCCCCGAGGUCGUGCAGGCCUACUACGCCAAGGUCGCCGGCGCCGUGUACGCUGGUAAUGUCCAGGGUUGGAUUUUCCCUUGCAAGUCGGAUUUGCCCAGUCUUUCCAUUGCAAUUGGCAACGACUACGCCGCGACGAUCCCCGGGCCGUUGAUCAACUAUGCCCAGAUUGGCACAAACACGACCACUGGUGCAACCCUUUGCUAUGGUGGCGUCCAGUCCAACUCCGGCGGUUCGAUGUCGAUCUAUGGUGAUGUGUUCCUGAAGGCCCUCUUUGUGGUCUUCGAUCAGCGAGGUCCUUCUCUGGGAUUCGCGACUCCCAUCUAG